GGCCAGGCAAGGCCGGAGCCCGCCAGUGUGGUUGGAAACGUGACAGAGGAAAGACGUAACUCCAAGCGCUUUAUUUCAGGAAGAGACGAUCCGCAAUGUCACAUGUGCUCAGCGCCGCGCCUGCUGUGGCACGGUGCCUGCCCUCGCACUCGGCCUCGGCACGCAGGUGGAUCAGUCGGAAUGUACGAGGCCGUGUGCUAGCCAUCAGACGUGAGGACCAGAGUGUAUGGGAGAGAAGAGCGCCCCUCGGGCCAUCGCAGGUCAGGCAGCUGGUCAAGGAUGGAGUCAAGGUCAUCGUACAGCCUUCAAACCGACGCGCUUACCCUUUGCAGGCUUAUCAAAAUGCGGGCGCGAAAAUACAGGAAGACAUAUCCGAAGCGCCCGUUGUCAUUGGCGUCAAACAGGUGCCCAUUGAUCAGCUAAUACCCAACCGCACCUACUGUUUCUUCUCGCAUACUAUCAAGGCACAGGAAGCAAACAUGCCCCUCCUGGAUGCCAUUUUAGAAAAGAACAUCAGACUGAUCGACUACGAGAGAAUGUGCGACGAGCGAGGCCAGAGAGUAGUCGCCUUCGGAAAAUACGCUGGUGGCGGAAUGAUCAACAUCCUCAAUGGGCUUGGACUCCGACUCCUUGCCCUGGGCCACCACACGCCUUUCAUGCAUAUUGGACCUGCACACAACUACCGCAACACCGAAAUGGCAAGACAGGCCAUUCGUGACACAGGCUACGAAAUAUCCCUGGGAAUGAUGCCAAAAUCCAUUGGUCCACUGACUUUCGUGUUCACAGGAACCGGAAACGUGUCGCAAGGAGCACAGGAAAUAUUCCAGGACCUUCCUCAUGAAUACGUCAGCCCUCAGGCCCUCAAGAAGGUCUCCGAACAUGGAUCGCUGAAUAAGAUGUACGCGUGUGAAGUCAGUCGCCAAGACCAUCUGGUGAGAAAGGACGGAGGCAAAUACGAUGCGGUCGAGUACGAGGAACACCCAGAGAGAUACAUUUCCGUUUUUGCGCACAAAAUUGCUCCUUAUGCGUCUGUGAUCGUGAAUGGCAUAUACUGGGCUGUGAACUCCCCUAAGUUAUUAACAAUUCCAGAUGCUAAGUACCUUCUACAACCAGUCUACACGCCAUGGCUUCCAACAUCGAUCGGUUCCCCCGCCUUACCUCACCGAAUGUUGGCCAUCUGCGACAUCUCAGCUGAUCCCGGCGGCUCCAUUGAGUUUAUGUCCGAGUGCACGACCAUCGACACACCCUUCUGCCUGUACGAUGCUAACCAGAAUAAGGACACGAACAGCUUCAAAGGCCCCGGCGUUCUCGUCUGCAGCAUAGACAACAUGCCGACGCAGCUCCCACGUGAGGCGACGGACUUCUUCGGCUCUCUGCUCCUGCCUUACAUGUACAGUAUCUUGCAGUCUGAAGUUUCGAAGCCGUUUGAGGAACAUAACUUCAGUCAUGAAGUUCAUCAGGCAGUAAUCACAAGUGGAGGAUCCCUUACCCCGAAUUUCGAAUAUAUAUCGGACCUUCGAGCGCAGAAUAAAGCGACAAGCAAAGCAGCCUUCGACAUUGCAAGCAAGGCGAAAAAGGCCUUGGUUCUGGGGGCUGGCUACGUGUCGGCGCCGUUGGUUGAGUACCUCGCUCGCGAUUCGAACACAGGCAUUGUUGUCGCCUCUGGGUUGAAGGAUGAAGCCGAUGCCUUGGCAGAAAAACAUUCCAGCGUUGAGCCUGUUCUUCUGGAUGUCGUAGAACGCCCAGAUCUUCUGGCGGAUCUUGUGAAGGACACCGACGUCGUGGUGUCUCUGCUUCCUUACAGCCUCCAUCAUGAGGUGGCGAAGCACUGUAUCCGGGCAAAGACUAACAUGGUCACCGCCUCCUACUGCACACCGGCCAUGAAAGAAUUACACGAGGCAGCUGUUGAUGCUGGCAUAACUGUUGUCAAUGAAGUCGGCUUAGAUCCUGGUAUUGAUCAUUUAUACGCACUUGAAUGUUUCGAAGAGGUGCACAGAGGAGGUGGCAAAAUUGAAUCUUUUGUCUCUUUCUGUGGCGGUCUUCCAGCUCCUGAAUUUUCAGACAAUCCUCUUCGCUACAAAUUCUCUUGGAGCCCAAGAGGUGUCCUCCUCAACACUCUAUCUGGAGCAAAGUACCUAGAGCAAGGAAAGGUUGUGGAGGUCACACCAGGAGGUUCUCUUCUGGACACAACCGAAGACUUCUCAUUCCUUCCUGGUUUGGCCCUUGAAGGGUUCCCCAACCGGGAUUCAACAGUUUAUGGUAACCUGUAUGGUAUCACAGAAGCCCAGACCAUCUUGAGGGGUACACUGCGCUACAAGGGCUUCUCUGAGGUGGCGAAAGCUCUGAUUAAAUUAGGACUUAUUGAUCCCAACCCACAUCCAAUGCUACAUCAUGGAGGACCUGACAUUACAUGGAAACAAUUGAUAUGCACCUUGCUGGGCCAGAUGGAUGCUAAUAUUUUCCCUGACAACUUGAGGGCUCUUGUUGCUGAACGUGUUGGCAACGAUUCUCAACUGGCAGGUAUUGAGGCUCUGGGACUGCUGACUGAUGACCCUGUGGUUAAAUGUGUCACUCCUCUGGAUACCCUCUCCCACUACCUGUCGAAGAGGCUAGCGCUACAACCUGGAGAACGUGAUCUGAUUGUGCUGCGACAUGAAGUGACCAUCAACUGGCCCGAUGGCGGAAAGGAGCUCCGAGGAAUUAACUUGGUGUGUUAUGGAGACCCCACAGGAUACUCUGCGAUGGCAAAGACAGUGGGUUAUCCAGCAGCCAUUGCCACGAAGAUGGUGCUGGACGGUGAGAUCCAAGGCAGGGGAAUGGUGUUGCCUUUUACUCGUGAUAUUUACCUUCCCAUUAUAUCCAGACUUAGGGAUGAAGGCGUGGCAGCCACAGAAAAAUCUGUCUGGCUAUAAGGUUCCCUCAAGAACUGUGUUGUCUACAGAAGCUCAAUUUUAUAUCAAUAAGAAUGUGUCCUGAAUAGUUAGUCUUUAUCAUCAACAAAAUUGCCCCUUUGAUAAACUAAGAAAGCUCAUCUAUAAUGCCUCACUUUACAAAGUAAAUCACUGACUAAAAGUGACAUUGCAUAAAGAACCAUUAUCUUCAAUUAUAUCUACACUUCAGGCUCCCAGGAUAAUGCUAUCAAAUUUUCUUUUGUUCCUUAAAUUAGGCAUGGCAGAUUAAGUGUAGUGAAUGUUACCUAGGCACACAUACAUGGUCAGUAUUUUGGUUGCAGUAUGUGAUUUUUUUUUCAGAAAUAGUGUCUAUUAUACUAAUAUUACAGAUAAAAAUACUCAGAAUAUAUAUAGUAUCAGUAAAUUUGCUCAUCUAGUGUAUAGAUUUAUGUGAUUCAGUCUGUGUCAUGCAGUAUAUACAAACAUAUGAAUAUAAACAAACAAUAACUAAUUAAUAUUAACUAAUGAUAAAAUGAAACAGUAAGAAAGGAAUAGUAAGUCAGCUUGCUUUGACUGGGUUACAUUUCAUGUAUAUGGAGUAUAUAUUAAAAUGGUCAUCAUUAAAAAAUAGAUGGAAAUGAGGUAGAGUACACCAAAUGCAAAAUUAUGUAGUUAUAUAAUUUACUCUACUGUUUUUGACAAUAUUUAAACCUUUAAACUAAGUAGCCUUCCUUAAUUAGGCACAAAGUAUGUUUAAAUAGAAGUGCCUUGCACUGGUAAAGAAGGUAAUUUGAAAUGCACAGCUUCUAGACCUUUAAAAAAAGUUUUAGUCAUUACCCCUGACCAUAAGUUCAUCAUACAUACUGUAUUUUUCUUGAACUAUUUUGAAUGCAUAACAUGUGAAUUUAACUGUAGACUACUAAGUUGAUGGAUCUUUCAUCACUUAAUGGCAAAACAAAUGUAAAAUGAUAGGCAAGAUUUAUGUAAGCAAUGUACUACUGACUUUAGUAUUGCUAAACAGUUCACAGUACAAUAUAUUUUUUAUCAUUGUUUGACAGUAGGAUAAUAUUUGUUAUCUGAUUGAUAAUAAACCACAAAAUAUA